GGGGCCUUAUAUGAUCAGGCCUUGGGCUCUCAAGCCAGUAGUACUUAUCUCACUGUCAAAACGAAUCUAGAAACAGUGAAUCCUAUUCUAACGGUAUAUUUCGCGGAACACCACACGAACUCAUCCUAUAGGAAAUAUGACUUCUUCAAACUCCGACCAGCGGCUGGACCACCUUCUGAGCGUGGUGGAGAGCGAGUUUCAGAAGGGCAGCGAGAAAGGAGACGCAUCGGAGAGGGAUAUUAAACUGGGACUAGAGGACGCAGAAUUAUGGACCAAGUUUAAAGAACUAACCAACGAAAUGAUCGUCACCAAGACUGGCAGGCGGAUGUUUCCAGUGCUCAGAGCGAAUGUGAGCGGCUUGGACCCCAACGCCAUGUACUCAGUCCUAUUGGACUUCGUGGCUGCAGACAACAACCGGUGGAAGUACGUGAAUGGCGAGUGGGUUCCCGGUGGCAAGCCCGAGCCACAGAGCCCUAGCUGCGUCUACAUCCACCCAGACUCGCCUAACUUCGGAGCACACUGGAUGAAAGCGCCUGUCUCAUUCAGCAAAGUCAAACUGUCCAAUAAACUCAACGGGGGAGGACAGAUCAUGCUGAACUCUCUGCACAAGUAUGAGCCCAGGAUACACAUUGUGAAGGUUGGAGGGCUCCAGAAGAUGAUCAGCAGCCAGUCUUUCCCCGAGACUCAGUUCAUCGCUGUCACUGCUUACCAGAAUGAAGAGAUAACUGCAUUGAAGAUCAAACACAAUCCAUUCGCUAAAGCUUUCCUUGACGCCAAAGAGAGGAGCGACCAUAAAGACAUUCCAGACCAUGGUGGAGACAGUCAACAGUCUGGUUAUUCCCAACUUGGUGGUUGGUUCCUACCUGGUAACGGCCCUAUGUGCUCCAGCAGCAGCCCCCCUCCGUUCAGCGGGGCCCCUGGCCCCUCCUCAGGGUCUUAUUGUGAGAGGUACUCCAGCCUGAGGGGCCACAGGGCAGCCCCCUACCCCAGCCACUACCCACACCGCUCCUCCAGCUCAAACAACUACAUGGACAACUCGUCGGGAGUCCUGCCCACCCAUGACAGCUGGUCAGCCCUUCAGAUCCCUAACUCCUCUGGGAUGGGAACCCUGGCCCAUACCACCAACUCCACAUCCAACUCCAGCCAGUAUCCUAGCCUGUGGUCUGUUGCCGGGACAACCCUAACUCCUUCUGGCUCCUCCUCUGGUUCCAUUGCUGGCGGUCUGACCAGCCAGUUCCUGCGAGGCUCCUCCUACACUGGCCUGACCUCCUCCCUGCCCGUUUCCUCACCAUCCUCCAUGUACGACCCCAGCCUUAGUGAGGUGGGUGUAGGCGUGGGCGAGGCCCAGUUCGAAAGCUCCAUCGCCAGGCUCACCGCCUCCUGGGCACCUGUGGCUCAGAGCUACUGAGCACAAUGCAUCUUCCAUCAGACAUUGACUCUCCUCAAGCACCAUCCUGCUCCACAUCACCUCCCUCUCCUCUCUACUGCCUGACAAUCACCUAGGAAACCUUUGGGUUGAUGCAUUACAUGUUGACAGCAACGCCUGUGAAAGGCAGAGAGUCAGCUCAGAAGAAGAUCUAUCUGAAGCAGAGAGAUGUAGGGUCCUCUCAGGCCUUGUGUUUUACCAACAUGAAAUGGUUGGUUUCUCCAUUCCAAAGACCCUAGAUUUUCUAAACCAAAGUCCAUAGGUUGCCAUUCUUAAGUUACACACUUGCUGUCUUAGUGGAAGAGGCAUGUGUUUUUCCAUUGGGAGUUUCCUUCACUCUGUCCAAGGUGCAAUUACAAGCCAAAGACAAUCUGACAAUACUUCCUCCACAAUCGUUCCAGUUGCUGGUGUGUUACUGUAGUCGUGUCCUUCAGUACAGACACAGGACUCAAAGACAAUCGUACACUGGCGUAAGACAAUCAGGAUCACUAGCUACCCAAAGCUAAGUUUAUGAAGUAACCCCCUCAACUUUACUAAAGGGGCCAAUCCUUACAGUGGCUUGCAAAAGUAUUCACCCCCUUGGCAUUUUUCCUAUUUUGUUGCCUUACAUCCUGGAAUUGAAAUUGAUUUUAUGGUGGGUUGUAUCAUUUGAUUCACACAACAUGCCAACCACUUUGAAGAUGCAAUUUUAUUUAUUUAUUGUGAAACAAACAAGAAAUAAGACAAAAAAAAACAGAAAACUUGAGCGUGCAUAACUAUUCACCCCCCCAAAGUCAAUACUUUGU